AUGGACUCAGACCUGGCAACCCCAGAAUUCGCCGACAUUCCACCACCGGCUGAGGCCAUGCCCAUCGCCACACCCAUCAAUCUGAUCCUCCUGUCCCUCUUCAUCGUCGUCGUCUACCUGCAGUUCCGACCCACGGCCGCCGUGAGCCUGCCCAAGGGUCCCGCGCCGGUCGUGUUCCGCACCUUUACACCCUCAACACUGUUGCCCUUCAAUGGCAUUGAUGGCGCGCCCGUCUAUUUGGCUGUUCGCGGCCGAGUGUUUGACGUGACCUCGGGUCGCAACUUCUACGGACCGGGUGGUCCAUACGAAAACUUUGCCGGCCGCGACGCUUCUCGCGGCCUUGCUCACCAGAGCUUCGACAAGGAAAUGCUCACCGAGGACUUGAAAGGCCCGCUCGACGACCUCAAAGAUCUCGACGGCGAGCAGCUGGAGAACCUUCAAGGAUGGGAGGAGCGUUUCUCCGAGAAAUAUCUGAUUGUCGGAAAGCUCGUGGCUGAAGGUGACCCUGAGGCUCCCAAGGCUUGA